CCACUUUCUGCGAUACGGCCUGCGAUUUUAUCUCUUCAUGGCCUCUCAGAUCCUACCUCUUGAACUCAUUGAUCGGUGCAUUGGUUCGAGGAUAUGGGUCAUCAUGAAGAACGAGCGCGAGUUCACUGGAACUUUGCUCGGAUUCGAUGACUUCGUCAACAUGGUGCUGGAGGACGUGACCGAAUUUGAAAUUACCUCUGCUGGACGCAAGAAGACAGCACUCAGACAGACACUGUUGAACGGGAAUAAUAUCUGCAUGCUCGUCCCUGGAAGUAAUGGACCUGAAGACCCAUGAGGCAUGACCGCCGCUAGACUCAUCAUAUAACAGUGAAGCUAUGCGUGCAUCGGUCUGCAACACUUUGUCCCGUUGAACGUCAGGGUUCAACAAUCUCAAAAUGACGGAUACGCCGAAGGGGGGUGAGACGAGAGUGGCCGGGAGGAAGGAUUCGUGCACAAGCCGGCCCGUUAUGUUGGUGUGAUCUGGCUCAUGCCUGUGCUACUGUUGUAAGUUAUGUGACGUUUGACUCUGACACCCAAACAAACGUGAUUUUCCCGAUGUGGGGAUACAACGAC